UCUGUAUAUAAGCCAUGUGCUCGUGCUUUUUUUUCGCCAAGUUAUUCUUCACAACUUCACAUUGGAGUGCAUUGGAGUGGACAGCAUUGGCAAUUAUCGAUCAGGAACCAAUGAACUGGAAGUUAAAUCGUGUCAAAUAUCCCUUAAUAGCGAUAGCUGACGAAGAUGCAUAAAAAGAACCAUUGGCGCGCCAUCCUCUAGUCAACCAAUCAGCGGACAGCGUACACCCUUUUGAUGGCCAUCGUAUGAGAGCCUUGAAUGAUGACGCACUAAUGCAUCUGCUAAGCAGGCGAGCUUUCGGGGGAGAACAAGAACUCGCUCCACUUAGAGGGCCGAGCGAACGCGUCUUGAUUGACCAGUGUGAGCUAUACUGAAAGGAGUGGUAGUACGCAGAAACCCGGGGGGUGUCUGCUGGUGUUGCUCAGUUUGUUACGAGCGGUGUUGGGGUAGUGGUGGUGCCUCCGCCCGGCAAUAAGUGAUAGGUACAUUGUACUUAGUGUAUCUGUGGAUGGAAGCUGGGUAGAUCCAAACCAUUUCUGUUCCUCGUGUAUUGGUGUUGUUAUUGAUGGUGAUAUGAUCUGAUUUGUUACUGUCGUCUUCCUAGCAGAUGUCGUCUCAGUCGCUCGAACGAUUCGAUGGUUAGCCGAAAAAAUCAACCCGACGAAGCAACAGACGAAUUUGCUGCUGCUGAUGCCACCGCAAUGAUAGAUAUUAUCAUUGUUGAUGAUGCUGAUGUUGGAAAAAUCGGCGGGAGAUAAAAUAGCAGCUGUGCAGUGAUGCUGUGCUUUCAAGUGUGAGAAAAGUUGAAGUCAUUUGUUUGUCAAGCCAUUUGUUUUAAGCCAUUGUCAAUAGCGUGUUAAUUGUGAGCGAGUAAUGGAUUCACCCUUGAACUGAAGUACCGCCAAGCACAGAUCAAAGUGAUUCGGCCCCUGGCGGUUUUUUGUUCUUCUUUACUUACGCAUUUAACUGUAGCAUAAGUGAACACAAACCAAGGAACGGCAAGCUGAAAGGGGUGAUUAGCCGUGUGUGUAUACAUGUUUAUGCGCGGGUGCAUGUUUUUUUGAAGCAAACUGGUCGGCUAAAAAUCGAAUACUCUGCCGGUAGUGGUGGUAUUCUAAAUUAAUUGAAGGGUGGACGAAUAUGAAAUGACAAUUAGCUACAAAUAAGUAUUUUAUUCUUACCUGUUGAGAAAGAACACAUACUGAGUAAUCGCAAGAAGUCAAUAGCCGCGUGGAACGCCCACUGACGCGCUAAAUAUCUGCAGCUUCUAACAAUCUAAUGAGGAUUUCGUGGCUUAGCUACAUAAUGAAUUGAUUGCAGAAAUUACAUUGUUUGCGAUCACUACCAUUGACCUGCGCUUGAUGACAACGGUAUGUUGUUGAACAGGCCGGCAUAAGUUUCGAUGUUCGCUAACUCGCGACGAACUCCGUAGCAAACUAGCAAGUGGUCUAGCUUAAAAUCAGGUCCGAUUUUGAAUCAAACGGUCGAUUGAGGUAGCUGCCUAUGCAAACCGCAAUCAGCGCAGGACUAGUCUCCAACGCAUCACCUUAGAGAUACCAAUCAUAUUUACUAUUUGAUGACUACCUUCUGUGUCACGGCUACACGUCUCCCAAUUUAUCUUUGGUGCAGUACCGUAAUACUUGUUAUUCGUUUUGCGAUUAAUCAAUCGCCUCAAUAUGACUUCGUAGAUUUGUUACCACUAGCCCAUAUAUUUCAUGGCAAACGCAGUGCAACAGAUAAAACUAUUUACCGUAUCCUUGCUAUGGUCACCUAUUUAACGAUUAGCUGUGACAGCAGCACCAAAUAUUCAUUCCCGAUUGACUGAAACGCUUUAAAGAGUAUUUUAGCGAUAAAUUUAAAUAAAGCGGCGAACGGAAACGCUCCAGUAUUAUUUUUAUCUAUCCUGAAAAAGUUCAUAAGCGAAACUCAUGCGUGACGUUAAAGCGGUCGUAGGGACACAAUCGUCCAAGCUAAUGCUUCGUGUUAUGCAACAGUUGCCAAAAAGUUCAUCAGUCAAAAUGAGCCCGACGUUAAUGUCAGAAGAUUCGUGCCAGUCUUUGUUUGGAGAUACAGAGGAUGCGUCAGAAACGGAGGUUGUCAAACAGGAGGAAGAAUUCGUCGAAAAAGAAGAACAGUUGGAUCGAGUCUUCGUCGAGAAAAUCGCCUCACUACGACGCCAACUCCAGCAGGUGGCUGAUGGCACACAUCCCGAAUAUCAACGGCGAUUACGGCGGAUCGAAACGGCCCACGCUGACCGUGUGAUGUUCAACGAAGUCUGGCGGAAACUUGAGUCCGAACGGGCACAAGCUGAUUAUGACGGCGAGACAAAAGCUGCAUCUCAGGAACUUGAAGAGAAAACAAUCGAACUUAAGGAAGCGUUAGUAGCUGAACUUGAUGAAAAGCGUCGCCAUUUCGAGCUUGAGCGAAACCUUAUCGAGCUGACAGGUGGGGAUGCGAGUGACGUUCGCGCACCGGUUAGCACUAGAAAAUUGCGCCGCCGACCAAAUGAGCCAGGUGGGGGUGGCCAGCCGAUGCCCGGUGGCGGCGGAGCAUCAGCUGAGAAACGGCAGUGUCGAAAGCUUUCUCCAAGCCAGCUAAGCCUAUUGAUCGACGAGGCCGAAAUACUAGAAGACCUUAAGGCCAUUCAACGUACAGGGAUCGUUGCUAACCAAUCGUCUGGCGGUGGAAACAAAUCGCACGAGAGGCAACAGCAAGCAUCAACAAGGAAGGGAGGUAGCGCGGCUAACGCCGUUAACGCCGAUAUCGAGGUCGAUCCCGUGGAGCUCGGUAGCAGCCCCACAACGUCGUCAUCCGUCAAUUCUUCAUCGUUGGUGUUUGACGCUCGGAUCGAGCACAACAAGUUGUUUUAUGACAAAAAAUGGUACCAUCGGGGGCAAUCAGUCUCUGUCGAAUCACGAGAUCUAGGGGGCAAAUUUAAUGGCGUCAUUGACACACUUGGUGGAAAUGAUAUCAUCGUGAAGAAAGUUGUGGACGGGAGCAAAGUUCGUAUUACAUUGGCGAUGUUACAACGAGGCAAGGUUGUGCUUCGGCGGAAGAGCGUCUAGCAAAGGAAGCGUCCACAAACGUCCACGGGCGUAGUUCGCGGUGGAAAUGCCGUUCGUAAUGAUUUCGUUCAUUAACAAGGACGACGCCACAAUGACACAUCAGUGCUGCACGCACAGGUUCAAACAUUAGCACAAACAUAGUUUGCCACAUGGCCGCACAGUUUGCGCGCAUAGUUUCGCUCCGUCGUGGGCCGUUUGUUCGUUUGCCCAUGUUCGUCGUUCUCAAGCACGAGGCACAACUCUCAUUUCGCAACAACUCGCGAAGCUGCGGAUCGAUGUUUAUUUAUCGCGCGACUCCUCAUUGUUUAUUACCAACUACAGAUAACAGAUGAUACGGAUGAUCAUUAUGAUACUGAUAGUGUCAUUUAUCGGUAAUAGUACAGCGACAAAAGUAUGCAAACAUCUAAUUGAGUCGCUAAGGGUUGAGAGCCCAUCGAUCUUACAGAUCGUGUACGUUUUUCCGCCUGGGAAUUGCUAGACUAAGCACUCACUCUAUUGCCCGUCGCUAUCACAUCACUCGUUAUAUUGUCCGGUCAGUAGCGCUGCAUUAUAUCAUGAUCAAGUAGCCAUUACCGGAAGCAAUAUAAGCGUGAAUGCGUGUUGUACUUUGGGAGUUUCUCCCGGGAGUUUGUAACAACAAUGCAGAAGGAACACAGAAGCACGAAAAAGUAUUUUGGAUGGAUCUGUACAGACAAAAUGGCGUUAUAUUGUUGUUACUUGCGAUGACGACGGUCCCUGCUACUAAUAAAUAAUAAUGCAAAUAAUCAUGUUCAUAGGUUCAGCAGAAGGCAGUGCCGCGAAGGAGCGAUACUGGUGGUAGAUGUCUUCUGCCUCAUAGUUGCCAUUGUUACCCUGGUCAUUUGUGUCAGGCUAACGGCAGUCUCCAUACACAAGUUUUUGCUUACACAAAAACUUCGGCUAUUUGCUACCAAACAGAAUGAAUAGAGGUAAAGAGGAAAACCGGUUACGAUGCUUGUACGGCCAGUUUCUUGUAUAUGUUGUAUAGUGUAAACUAACUUGGCCCGUAACUUCAUUUCCGCACCUGGUCAACGAAAAAUGCUUAGCGUGUAUCGGGCAUAAUCGAGGGCGAAAAACCUACCUAGCUCUCAAGAUCAAUCGAGCCAGAACGGUUGUCACCUUCCCUUAAGCAUGUCUCACAGUCACUGGCUACUGAUGGUCUUGGACUCGCAAAUUGGCUCUGAGUGAUCGUGGCACUGUAAGCUGCUGGUUGUAGACUAUGCUUGUCUAUUAUCCAUAUCACGCAACUGAUUCAAGUGAUACAGAGCGACAACUGUUUUUGCUCAUUUACUUUUGUAACUGCAGGAGACUUGCAUAAGUCAGACAAUACGCAAAUGGUUUGUAUUUAGUUUGAGAAAGAAAGCUACUUUUAUGUUAUAUCUUGCGAUCGAUGUCUGACAUUGUUCUGUCUUAAAUUAACUUCUGUAUUUCGUAUAUUGCUUAACAGAAAGCAAACUGUGUAGGUAGUAUGUAAAAUGUGUAAUAUACAACUGUGUAUGUAAUGGCGUGUAAUGAUGAUCAAAUGAUGUUGUAUAAAAAUAUUUAUAAUUAUAAUAGCACGCUUUAUUUCUGAAUAAAGCGUUCAUUAUGUUGAGGAAUAUAAAGUGCUCGAACAAUUCAUUCCUGCUUUUGCUAUCCAACUAGAGUACAGGUAUCUCAACAAACGUAUAAUCUAUUCGGCAGCAAAUUUAUAUCUUUUUUAACAAGGGAGUUAGGAAAAAAUUGUUGCUUAGGUCCUAUGUCAGAAACUGGGAACAUUCAGCUGUUCAAUUUCGUUUAAUUUGAUAAGUCUUUAUUAACGAAGAAAUUGCGAAAUAAUUUCCAACUAUUUAUGAUAGCUAGUGUAUUGGCUAGUGAUUGAAUCGUUAGUUAUUUUCGAACAAAAAGUUUGGAGCUGCCGAACUUCAAAAUUUGGGUUUUUUUUUUUAUUUCGAUUGUUCCACCUCGAUUUUUGUUUCUUAGGAUAAUUAGAAACUCGUGUGUUUUACAAAAAGCUAUAGUAAAAAUAGAAAAGAGUGGCAAAAGCAUCAGGUCCAUUUAAACUGUUAUGAUAAGAUACGUAUUGUUUUACACGGCUGCACUUAUGUACUAUAUGUGUAGAGAUAAAAAUUUUAAUUUACUGUCUAGUCUGUCCAUUUAAAUCGAAUCCGAAUUAGAGCAAUGUUGGUUCCGCCAUAAGCGUUACAAGCAAAAACUUUCAGUGUAUAUAUUUUUGUAUUCGAAUUCGAGUUAAGAUUAGUACACCACCUAUGAAAAACCAACUGUUUGGUCUAAACUUUUCUAAACCAUUUCUAAUAAAAUUGUGGUAUAAUUAUGGAGUCUGCUGAACCAGGUGCAUUCUCGCCCCAGCGAAAUAAAUCGCGCCGUAGUAGGACUGCUUUCGUGUGUUCUGUUUGUAAUUUGGGUACGGUAUGCGGCAUGAAUGACGGCAUUUUUUUCUGCUAAAUAGCAUAUAAAAAAGCGCAGCACUACCCGGUCUGUCGAUGAAUGAGAAACGCCCGGUGCAAAAUGAAAGCAACAUACGGAUGUGACUUAUUUAUUUGAUUACGAUAAAAGAAAAAAUUGCUAUCGACAAAAGACACCUAAUUGCUGUGUUAACGCCUAAUCUACGGGGUGGUUAACCGUGGAAGGGUUGAAAGUUGAAUGUGGUAAAGAAAUAUGAAAUCUAAAAAUGUAAAUAAAAAUGUAAAAUAAAAUAAAGCGUGGCAUGGCAAUGGUAA